GCUGAAAGUGGAGAAAGGAAGCUCGGAACGGUUGCGUCGCGGAUUUUCUGGAGCACGUCGAGUUAGAAGACACCCUUUCCUGUCGCGGGUGGUGCGGAGUCGGCUCGUGGGUCUCUGAGAGCCGAAAAUUGAGAGCUUUUUCGCGCCGCGGAGACUGCACCCGGCGGCUCAGCAGCCGUCACCAUGCCACAAAAUGAAUAUAUUGAGUUACACCGUAAGCGCUAUGGAUAUCGUUUGGAUUACCAUGAGAAAAAGAGAAAGAAGGAAGGUCGAGAGGCUCAUGAACGUUCAAAGAAGGCAAAAAAGAUGAUUGGUCUGAAAGCUAAGCUCUACCAUAAACAGCGCCAUGCUGAGAAAAUACAAAUGAAAAAGACUAUUAAGAUGCAUGAGAAGAGAAACACCAAACAGAAGAAUGAUGAAAAGACUCCACAAGGAGCAGUACCGGCAUAUCUACUGGACCGAGAGGGACAGUCUCGAGCUAAAGUACUUUCCAAUAUGAUUAAACAGAAACGAAAAGAGAAAGCGGGAAAAUGGGAGGUCCCUCUGCCUAAAGUUCGUGCCCAGGGAGAAACAGAAGUAUUAAAAGUUAUUCGAACAGGAAAGAGAAAGAAGAAAGCCUGGAAGAGGAUGGUUACUAAAGUCUGCUUUGUUGGAGAUGGCUUUACUCGAAAACCACCUAAAUAUGAAAGAUUCAUUAGGCCAAUGGGAUUACGUUUCAAGAAGGCUCAUGUAACACAUCCUGAACUGAAAGCCACCUUUUGCUUGCCAAUACUUGGUGUAAAGAAGAAUCCCUCAUCCCCACUAUAUACAACUUUGGGUGUUAUUACCAAAGGAACCAUCAUUGAGGUGAAUGUAAGCGAAUUGGGCCUUGUAACACAAGGAGGCAAAGUCAUCUGGGGAAAAUAUGCCCAGGUUACCAAUAAUCCUGAAAAUGAUGGAUGCAUAAAUGCAGUCUUACUGGUUUGACAGCAGUUACAUACAAAUAACUCCUUAUAAUUACUGAAGACUACACACCAGUUGGGAAACCAUUACUCUGAUAUUUCUGAAUACUACCAAUCAACCUUACAUGUUGUCUUCAGUCAAAGAAAACUAUUUAUUCUACUGUUGUAAAAAUGAAAAAAGCCAACAUUAAAAUGAUCU